CCAAGCACUUAUUAGCUGUCCAUAUUAAUGUGUGUAGAGUUUGUGAAUGUCUUUAUCUUCUCCCCUCUUCUCUUUUCUCUCUAUAUAAACCAUUAACGCAGAUAUCAAUUCCCAAUAACGCCUGCUGCUCUCUUCAAACUUAAAUUCACUUCCACUUCUCUCUCAUCAAACCUAAACACCCCUUUUUCUCUCUCUCUCUCUCUCUCUCUCUCUAUAUCACACACACACACACACACACACAGACAAGAAAGAGAGAUGACGACGGGAAUAAUGGAGGUGACGGUGGUGGGCGCGAAAGGUCUCAAGAACACCGAACUAUUUGGUAAGAUGGAUCCAUACGUAGUGAUUCAGUAUAAAAAUCAGGAGCAAAAGACCACAACUGGUCGACGCCAAACUUCUAAGUCUUUCAUGCAAUGCUGUCUCUGUCUGCGAGGGCAAGGCGGCAGGCCAGUGUGGAACGAGAAGUACAAAUUCAGCGUAGAGUACAAGGCAGGAGACGAGGAGCAACACAAGCUCCUUCUCAAGCUUAUGGACCGCGACCACUUCACAGAUGAUGACUAUCUCGGCCAAGCCACCAUCUAUGUGAAGGAACUAUUUGAACAAGGAGUGGAGAAUGGGAAAGCUGAACUUCGUACGCAGAAGUAUAGGGUUGUCUCCACCGACAAAACUUACCAUGGAGAAAUCCAAGUUGCUGUUACUUUUACCACAAAUGGGGAAACUGAUUAGCAACAAUGUGUUGGAUGGAAAUAAAGCCAACCAUAGAUCGUUCUCCGGCUCUCACCUACAAUAUGUGCUUUGUGUACAUUAACUUUAUUUAGUUUAAUACUUUCUAAUUUCAUGUUAUUAUUCUAUUUGUUUUUUUUUUUUUUUUGUGUACAUCUUUAAAGAAGUAUGUAAUGUUAGAAAUACUGUCAAUUAGUAAAAAGGUAUUUGGACGAUCUUAUAAGUUAUUUAAAAAGUAGUACAAAAUGAUCGAUAUUUUUUAUUUUUUAUAACUCAAAACGAUAUUAUAUAUGAAUUAAGGAAAAGAGUACGACAAUUAAGCUCAUUAAUACAAAUAUAUUCUUAUAGAAGCGUAGAGAUCCUACGCGACAUCUGGUUUGCUAAUAUGCAAGCACGUUCGGACAUGAUAUUCAUGAAGGAGCCAGUACAAGUUUGGGACAUUAAAUAAGCAGCAAAAUCUAUAAGUAACAUAUAUAGUAAACGGGAUCUGAUCUUACGUCAAUUGGGCUGUUUGUGCACUUGCACAUCAACUAGUUGAUGUCAAGUUAAAGAGAAUGUGCCACUUUGAAAGAAAGUAGUGUCCUAACUUCAGAAGCUCACAUCCAACAAAAUUUCUUGCUUGUUAACACAACAGCAAAAGAAUGUUCACUCUAAUAAGUCCACACAAAAUACCAACUUGUGUUUAUACCAACUUGUGUUUAUUUGAGUCUUAUUAGAAACACAACAGAGUAGUGCAAGAACAACACUAGUAGAAAGUGUUCCAGGUUGAAUAUAUUUUAAGUCCUUGAGCAUU